CUCCCUGAGGAGGUUCCUCAGCUCCAAGCUCACCAUCUGCUGCUCCUGGACGGCUGGUACCAUGUGGUUCCUGAUCCUGUUCCUUGCCCUGUCCCUGGGAGGGACUGGUGCUGUACCUCCCAUCCAAUCUCGGAUCAUCGGAGGAUUUAACUGUGAGAAGAAUUCCCAGCCCUGGCAGGCAGCUGUGUACCACUACACCAGUUUCCAAUGCGGGGGCAUUCUGGUGGACCCCGAGUGGGUGCUCACGGCUGCCCACUGCUACAAUGAGGCAACUGAUGAGUACCAGGUUUGGCUGGGCCGCAACAACCUCUUUGAGGAUGAAGCCUCAGCUCAACACCGGUUUGUCAGUGAAAGCGUCCCUCACCCUGACUUCAACAUGGACCUCCUGGAGAACGCCACCCAAAACCAGAAGGAGGACUUCAGCAAUGACCUGAUGCUGCUACGCCUUGCCCAGCCCGCUGAAAUCACCGAUUCUGUGAAGGUCCUCAGCCUGCCCUCCGAGGAACCCACUCUGGGGAGCACCUGCCUUGCCUCAGGCUGGGGCAGCAUUGAACCCAUCAAGUUCGAAUACCCAGAUGAUCUCCAAUGUGUGCACCUCGAGCUCCUCCCUAAUGAGGAGUGUGCCAAAGCCCACAUCCAUGUGGUGACAGACUCCAUGCUGUGUGCAGGAGACUUGGAAGGAGGAAAAGACACUUGUGUGGGUGACUCAGGGGGCCCGCUGAUAUGUGAUGGUGUACUCCAGGGCGUCACAUCAUGGGGCCCUGCCCCAUGUGGCAAACCCGACAGGCCGGGCAUCUACACCAAACUUAUUAAUUUCAUUCCCUGGAUGAAAGAAGUUAUGAAGAAAAACGCUAAGUGACACUCUGUCCCCUGCUCCUAAUAAACCCACCAUGCAGCAAACGA